AUGAGAAAUCACACAGCAAUAACAACAUUCAUCUUGUUGGGACUUACAGAGGACCCACAGCUGCAAGUCCUAAUUUUUAUAUUCUUAUUUCUCACCUAUGUGCUGAGCAUUACCGGAAAUCUGACCAUUAUCAUUCUUACACUCACGGAUUCUCAUCUCAAAACACCUAUGUAUUUUUUUCUUCAAAACUUCUCCAUCUUAGAAAUCACCUUCACAACGGUCUGUAUUCCCAGAUUUCUGUACAGUUUAUCAACUGGGGACAAUAGCAUUACUUAUAAUGCCUGUGCCAGUCAAAUAUUUUUCAUUGGACUUUUUGGGGCCACAGAAUUUUUUCUCCUGGCAGCCAUGUCCUAUGACUGCUAUGUGGCCAUCUGCAAACCCCUGCAUUACACCACCAUCAUGAACAAUGAAGUCUGUACCAUCCUCAACCUCUGCUGCUGGAUCUCUGGGUUGAUGAUCAUCAUCACACCACUUGGUAUGGGCCUCCAUUUGGAGUUCUGCGACUCCAGUACCAUUGAUCAUUUUGGCUGUGAUGCAGCUCCCCUUUUUAAGAUUUCAUAUUCAGAUACAUGGUUCAUAGAGCAGAUGGUUAUAAUCUGUGCAGUACUGACAUUCAUUAUUACACUGGUAGGUGUCAUUCUUUCAUACAUAUAUAUCAUCAGGACAAUUCUAAGAUUCCCUUCUGCUUCACAAAGGAAAAAAGCUUUUUCCACCUGUUCUUCUCACAUGAUUGUGGUUUCCAUCACCUAUGGCAGCUGUAUUUUCAUCUACAUCAAGCCUUCAGCCAAAGAAGAGGUGGACAUUAACAAAGGGGUAUCUGUGCUCACUACAUCUGUUGCCCCUUUGUUGAACCCCUUCAUUUACACCUUGAGGAACAAUCAAGUGAAACAAGCUUUCAAUGACACAAUCAAAAAAAUUGCAUAUGUAAAUAUGCAGAAAGAAACAUUUGAAAUAUGGGAAGACAUAUUUCAUCUUUGUUUUGAGGUAUUAAUAAGAGAAAGUUUAAAAUAA